AUGGAUCCUCAAUACCGCAACAAAAAAAUCAUCAAUCUUACCGAGCAAGAGCUGACCAGCCUCGGCUUUUUGGGCCCCAAUGCCCUCCCAGGGAUUAAGAAACUUGUCGAGCAAAUCAGGGCAGACCCGGAGAGACUUGGCCAGGUCAACUGCUUCCAGGUCGAGCUGUUGAGGGGCGAGUACGACGCCAAAGCUUCCGCUCACGGAGCUCCUCAGGCCUCUCCUACGUCUCCAACCUUUCGAGGCUCCCCCGUCCUGAGCGACGCCGACACCCUCUUCUCGCAGCCCAGUGCCAGCUCGACUGCCACGACCGUCGUCGCUCUCGACCUUAUCUCUCAGUACGAGUCCAACUUCUAUUACCGCGGCCUCUCGGAGGACCCUCCGAAGCUCAUGUGGCGCUCCGACCUCGACACCAACCCCUUCCCCAUGCCAGAAGCCGGUGAACGCUUCAUCAAGCCCCCCUCCAAGACUGCCUUCGGCAUCUUCAACACGCGUCUCAACAAAGUCUGGGACUCUACCGUCGCUCCUCGUAUCAUUGCAUUGUUAAAGACGCACGGUAUCAAGCGCUCGGUGCUGAAGACCGCCCGCUUCUUGAUAGUCGACGAGGACGCCGGGACGGAGAGGUGGGGCCCCGACACCAUUUGGAUAGCCGUUCAUCCCAACACCACCAAGGCUGCAGACGCUCGCGACGUCACUCCCGCCAUCCUCCAGAUCCUCAACGACGCUCAGGUAUACGGCGCUGUCGUCGAGUGGUACGAGGGGGCUGUCGAGAGCCUGGUCGGGCCCCCUCUGAUGCCCAUCGUGGAUAACUCCGACCCCACCUCCGGCCUUAGUAAUCCCUUCGACGUCGGCCUCGGUAUUCCAAUCGCUAGAGCGUCCGACGAUGCUCAGGGCACCGUUACUCUGCUGUUCCACGAGGUCAAGACCAAGGACGGCACGCCCAGCGACAGGAUCCUCGCCCUCACUAACAAGCACGUCGCCACCGUUGACACUACCACCGACUACAUCUUCGACGCUGCCAACCCUGUCAGCAUCCUCGUCUGCGAUGAACGUCGCUUCGAUUGUGCUAACAAGGAGAUCAAAGAGGCGCUCAACACAGGUCUCCGCGACGCCGUUCGUCUUGCGGGAGAGCUCAAGGACUUGCAGACCAAGGAAGGCGUGCCGGCGAAGAGAGCCGUGCAAAGGAAGGAGGCCGACUUGACCCGCCAGCUCGAAGACAACGAGGUUCGCCAGGAGCUCUUCCAUGUGGUCAACGGACCGUGGAAGCUGGCCGGCAACCGCGAGUUCGCCACCGUUCUCUGGGCUCCCAAGAUUUCUGUCACUGUUCCCGGCAGCCCUUACGCGCGCGACAUAGCUACCUUGGUUGUCGAUGAGGCGAAGCUCGAGCACUUCAACGGCAACAUCGUUAAUCUUGGUAACCAGUUCACCGUCAGUCAGCUCGAAGACAAGUUUUGGCCGACCGUUGCCAUUCGCGAGGACAGGACCAUCCCAGCCGACCUCCAGCUCCCCAUCCACGCUGUUCUCCCCCGCCGUCUCGUCAUGAAUCCCGACACCGAAGACAAAAACGGGGAGCCGCUAUACAUCGUCGCCAAGUACGGCAACACCACCAAGCUCACGUUAGGCAACUUCUCGGGCAUGGAUGCCUAUGUUUGUACCAAGUUCGGAGUCGAGUCCCGCGAGUGCGUCAUCUAUAACGGCAAGGGCGCUGGCGACUUCUCAGCCAAGGGAGAUUCUGGAUCUCUCAUCUUCAGGGGCGACGGUGUCGGUGUCGCCAUGCUCCACUCGGGCAUGCCUCGAGGCAGGCACAGCCAUGUCACGUACGCUGCGCCCCUUUGGUGGGUGUUCAAGCUGGUCCGCGAGGAGUAUCCCGAUGCCGAAUUCUACGGCAUGACGUACACCAUCGAAGAUUGA